CCGAUUCUUCUUUUACAUUUGAGCUUCCAAGUAUCUAUCCUAUGUGUGUCCGACGAACAGAGAACGGUUCGGAAAUCUUGGAGUUUCUUCUUUCAAAUACUCUUUUCGAUUGAAGUAUCUGUCACGGUUACUGUCUCAAAUAUGUUCUCAGCUGACCUGAAUCGUCUCUUUUCAGCCGCAAUUUCCAUGGAGUGUGGUUUGGGCAUGGCGACCACGCACUUCAGGCAUAUUGGGGUGUGCUUUAAACCAAAUUCACCAAAAGUCCGGCACUUUACUAUCAAUUGCCAUUCUGUUUCUCUCUCGACCUCUGAGAAUUCACCGACAGGAUUGGUGGAAAGGCCAUGGAAGGUGGCGGAUGCAAGACUUGUUCUUGAGGAUGGUUCUGUUUGGCGGGCCAAGUCAUUUGGUGCCUCUGGGACCCAAGUUGGCGAAGUGGUUUUUAAUACAUCAUUAACAGGGUAUCAAGAGAUCCUUACUGAUCCUAGUUAUGCUGGCCAAUUUGUUCUGAUGACUAACCCACAUAUUGGCAACACUGGUGUUAAUUUUGUUGGGAUUUUGGAAAAGGGACCUCAGUUUCUUGUGCGCUUCUUCACAGAUGAUGAAGAAUCAAACCAGUGCUUUCUAGCAGGGCUUGUUAUCCGAAGUCUGAGUAUUAGCACCUCCAACUGGAGAUGCACUGAAAAGCUUGGAGAUUAUUUGGCGUCAAGGAACAUUAUGGGAAUAUAUGAUGUAGACACUCGUGCUAUUACCCGUCGAUUGCGACAAGACGGUAGCCUUAUUGGUGUGUUGAGCACAGAAGAUUCUAGAACGGAUGAGGAACUCCUGAAAAUGUCCCAAACAUGGGAUAUAGUUGGCGUGGACUUGAUAAGUGGUGUCUCUUGUAAGGCUCCUUACGAAUGGGUUGAUGAAACAAAGUCAGACUGGGAUUUCAACUUCAACAACAAAGGAAAAGAUGAGACAUUUAAGGUUGUUGCAUAUGAUUUUGGUAUCAAGCACAAUAUACUCCGCCGCUUGGCAUCUUAUGGCUGCAAAAUCACCGUGGUCCCUUCUACUUGGCCUGCAUCUGAGACUCUCAAAAUGAAACCAGACGGAGUUCUUUUCAGCAAUGGUCCAGGUGAUCCUUCGGCUGUCCCUUAUGCUGUUGAGACAGUCAAGGAAUUAAUCGGGAAAGUUCCUGUUUUCGGUAUUUGCAUGGGCCACCAAUUGCUCGGUCAAGCUCUCGGUGGUAAAACCUUCAAGAUGAAAUUUGGUCACCAUGGAGGGAAUCAUCCCGUUCGUAAUAUCCGUAAUGGACGUAACCACAACUAUGCUGUUGACCCUGAUUCACUUCCAGAAGGUGUGGAAGUAACUCAUGUCAAUCUCAACGAUGGAAGCUGUGCAGGGCUUGCUUUCGCUCAGCAGAAGCUCAUGUCACUUCAAUAUCAUCCCGAGGCUUCUCCUGGGCCCCACGACUCGGAUCUUGUAUUUGGUGAAUUUGUACACCUUAUGAGACAAGAAAAGCAGCAGAAAGUAUAAGAAAUUGGGGCACACCGUGUUAUGCAUGUGGUCCAGUAACUUAAACCGGUGCUUCAGGAAAGAGGUCAACAAUUCUUGAAAAUGAAGGAGAAAACAAUAAACAAGGAAAAAUUGCAAGUUGGAGACAUGUAUCCUCUCUUAUUGCAUUUUUCUGGUAUUUUUAUCAGUUUAGAGAGGGAUACAGUUGGAAGAGAUUUUUCUGUUGGUUUGUAGUGUGUUACAUAGAUUGUAUGACUGUAUGAGCAACACAACAAUUUCGCUUUGUUUUUCAAGCUAGUUUAUUAUCAAAUUUCUUUCCGUAUUUAGGUGAAUUUUGCUUUAAAUUAUUGAUGAUAGAGAGAUGAUACGUCCUGGUAGGUCGAAAUCCAUUUCUCAAUUAAGGAUGAUUAGGUGCAUUUCAACAUUAUGCAGUCAUUGUGUUUGGGUUUGGGUGUCGGUUUUUUAACUGUUGACUGAAUCAUUAAACACCCCUGUGGAUAUUUGUGUUGUAUUGAUUCAACAUUAAAAACUCUGGUCACUGCAUUGUAGGGUCGAACCUUGGGAGUUUGGGAUUAUUGCUCUAUUUGAAUCAAAGUUGAACGUAAGGUGCA